GUUUCCAUCAGUUUCCUUUGCAUCAUGAACCUCAGCCAACAGCCCUUCCGCAUGGCGCUGGCUGCACCAGUGAAUGUCAGCGGUCUUCGUGCAGUCCGCGCUUGAGCCAAGCAGCCCUUUGUGACGCAGGUGUCACGACUCUCACGCCUGCUUUCUCCAGCUUUGAUUUCUGCUGGAUUGCUAACAGGCUUCAGGACAUGUGGUCGGCAGCCCAGGCUCCGCCUCGCUGCCACCACGCGGGUCACCGUGUCGCAGGACAAUGUGGCGCUGGUCUUUCUGAAGCCACAUGCAUCAACGCCAAGGGUCAGGGAGCUGAUCCCUCACUUUUUGGAGGAGCAGGGUAUUAAGGUCUUGCGAUCGGGCGUGGUGGAGUCCAAGGAGAUUGAGGAGAAGGGCAUCAUUGACGCACACUAUGCAGCCAUUGCCGCUGUUGGAAUGGCCCGAGACAUGAGCAAGCUCCGCCUGGACGAAGUUGCACAGAAGUUUGAGGUUUAUGGGAGGAGUUUGAAGGAUGCCAUGGAGCGAGAGGAAGUCUGCAGCAGCGUUCAAGCCAUGGAGAUCUUGGAUGUGGAUCCCUCUGAGCUGCUGCGGCGAUGCUUAGCUGCAGGCUAUGAGAAGCUGAGGUCAGGAUUAUACUGUGCGCGCUUGGAAGGUGGCAAGACUGGAGAGCUGUUCGUGCUGAACGGCUUCUACUCGCGAAUGCGUGAGAAGUUUACCGCUGAAGGUGUUACAGUACACUGGCAUGUGGUAAGCUGGCCAGCUUCAAGGCUGUCUUGGGCUGACUUCAGAAGCACCGUCAUCGGCGCAACGAAUCCAAAGGAUGCUACAGAUGGUUCGUUGAGAGCACGGAUCAGAGAUGAUUGGGAGGCUUUGGGAUUGAAGGAGGAGACCAAUUACCAGGACAAUGGCGUGCAUGCCUCUGCCGGGCCAUUGGAGGCGCUUCGGGAGCGCAUGGUGUGGCUUGGCGACGACAUAGAAGCCGACAGCUUUGGUUGUGCACUGGCAUCUGCCUGUCCUAUUGGUUUGAAGACCUUGGUGGAGAAUCCGAUCAUCACAGUGGAUGGGAAGACUGGCCCCGCCUUCGAUUUGCUAGAGGAAAUGGAUGCCAGCGAAAGCCUGGAGGCUCUUGCAUCUGCAGAGUUGAGCCAAUAGGCUUUGGCAGAGCGCAUUCAUGUCAAAAAGCCGAGUUUCACUUGCCAGCAGUGUUUCCGCAUCCAUUCACCAAAAGAAGGUAACUA